CUUACUUUGUGUACUAUUAAGUUGGUCUAAAAGAGAUAUUUCAUGAUCACACUCUAGUCUCUCCCACUCAUUUUAUAUUUUAUCUCUAGAAAGAGAAUACAAAAUCCCAUCUUAGUUGCACAUUUUGGAUUCCAAUUCAUUCAAGUUUGCUAAUUUGUUGGUGUAUUAUUUUUUGGAAAUGCAAGAUAUACAUUCGAUUGGAAAUAGUGGUGGUGGUGGAGCGAGGUUAUUUGGUGGUGGUACAGGUAUUGUUGGCGAUAGACGGCUAAAACCGUAUCACCAGCAACACAACCACCACCAGGGUCACGCUCCACACGCGUUAAAAUGUCCACGAUGCGAGUCGUUGAACACCAAAUUCUGUUAUUACAAUAAUUAUAACCUUUCUCAGCCACGUCACUUUUGUAAAAACUGCCGCCGCUAUUGGACGAAAGGUGGUGUACUCCGCAACGUCCCUGUCGGCGGCGGUUGUCGUAAAGCGAAAAGAUCGAAAAAGACAAACAACAAUAAUAAGGCUUCCUCGGAGUCCGGUGUACGGAAAUCAUCAAAUUCACAAAAUUCAAGUAGUGAUAGCUCUAGCCUUUCAGCCAGUGUCACAGCUGUGAAUAAUAACAAUAUCACAGCCGUGACACAUAAAGUUGCUGCCAUUGAGACAACAACUGGCACAACAGAUGUCUUGUCAGGGAAUUUUCAGGAAUCCUGUACUACCGAAACAGGAUUUCUGAACCCCGACUUUAAUCAUCAUAAUCAUCAACCGCUAGUAGACCACUCAGCGGUUGUGAAUAACAACAUAUUCCCGGAUAUAAGUACAUUUACAAGCUUGAUAACAUCAUCCACAUCACAAAUUCCGUUAGGAUUCGACGUGGUUGACGACAUUUCUCCAUUCAGGAUGCACCACACAAGUAGUCAUGUUGUCGAAAAUCCGGAAUCGGAUAAUCAACAACAGUGGAUGCAGCCAGAUGAUCAUAUGAAAAUUCAAGAAACAGGUCCAACAAAUGGAGAAUGGAAUAACGGGUCGGAUCAAGCAUUGUUUGAUCUAACAAGAACAUCCAUGGAUCAAUCAUAUUGGAAUCAAACUACUCAUUGGGAUGAUGAUGAUGAUGGACAUAAUCAUGAUCAUCAACUUAAUUACCUUCCUUAACAGAUAUCUUUUUUAAGGUAACAAAUAUUUUUACUCACUUGAAAAAAAUAUAUAUAUAUAUAUUUAUAUAAUGAGUUAAUGACAUAAUUGGGAUCUCAUGUGUAAAUCUAUAUUUUUUCCUUUUUUUCUUGUUAUAAAGUUUCUGAUUUAUGAUAUUGGGAGAUGUUUUGGAUUUGAUGUUGUUAUUGUUGAUCCAAAGCUUAACUCCUAUUGUUACUUUUUUUUGGAUUGUAAAAUUCUAGUAUGGUGAUUAUGGGGUUGAACCAUUUUACUUUUUAA